GCGCCAUGGGUGGGGGUGCUGGACUCGGGCAGGUCUGGGUGGUUCCGGCUUAGAUCUCAGCAGCGCUAGAGGUAGUCGUUAUCUCCUUUCUCCCUGUCUCUCUCCCUUUCUCAUCCCGCCCUAUCUCCCCCAAUUUUACCCUCUUGUGGGUACCACCAGAGUGACCCGUGGAUCUGUGAGUCACACUUAUUUCCCAGGUGUGUGGGUAUUGCUGUGGGAACAGUCCUGCGAGCUGUGAGUGUGGAACGAGGGUGGGGGAGGGCGCUUGCCUUUCAGGAACUAUAGGACUGCAACUACAAUAGCUGGUGCCGUUUCGGGUUUGGGGUGUGAUCCGUGGGCACCAACAUCUGUGUGUCUCUGCUUAUGUCUGAGUAAUUAAUUGAUGGGCAUGCCCUUGAAUAACUUACUAAGCAUUUUAUGAGAGAAAUACAUUCUACAUCUAUUAGAGAGAGGACCUCCUUGUGUCUGCCCCUUCACCCAGGCAUGCUAAGGAAAAAGUUUUGGGUAAAAGAGAGUCUUGGUCUAAGAAUUUGGGUGCCCCAGAUAUCUUCUGGGAUAUGGAGGCAUUAAUGCACCAAUAUAGGAAAGUGGUUAUGGGCCACUCCCGAGUUCUUCAGGCCCACCGAGGGCUUGAUGGGUGGGGGCCACAGUGGUACCUACUUUCAGGCUUUGAGUAGCGUUUUGUGCCAAGAGCAAAAAGCCAACUAGCGUUCACCCCCUCCCCCCUUACGAUCUAUCCUCUGGGAACUGAGAGCAGCCCGAGCAGGAGACCGGGAACCCAGGGAGAUUGAGAGGGACCUCUGCCCUCAGGAUGCCCCUGCUUGAUGUCUCAAGUAAGGGCUCAAAGAGCCAGGGAAGGAAGGUGGAGUGUGUGGGUUUGCAAGCGUGUAGGGAAUAGAGAUUCUUGGGGGUGCCCAUAUUCCACUGUUCGUCCCUAGUCUGCACGCAUACCAUGGGGUCUUGAUCAUGUUUUCUAAGAUGGUGAUAGAGGUGAGCUAUUCCUGAGUGAGAUGCUGAGGCGAGAGUCUAACAGACAGUGGGAGCUCAGCAAGCGUGUAUUAAAUGGGCAUGCUAGGGAGGGACACAGCCUUUGAACUGAGACGAAAAGCCGUAUGUUUGCUAAGAGAACAAAUCCGCAGGGGAAGGUCAGAAAGACUUCUCACGAUCAACCCCUUGGCGUUUCAUUCACUUAUACCUCGCACUCACCAUCGCUUCAUUGAUUUGCUCAUGUUUGCCCAGAAACACGGGCACCCACAGAGCACUGCAGAAUGACCUGAGAAUACAGAGAACCAGCGUUCAGGUGUGUGAACACAUCAGAGCGCGAGAGCCCACUCCAUGCCUAGGGUCUCUGCUGCCUGGGCAUUUGUGGGCCAGGGCUGUGGAUGUAUGUACCCGCAGGGCAUCAGAGUAUGUAUGGGACAUUGUGCGUCUGCUGUGGGAUCAGAAGUGACGUACUGGGGAGAUGUGCCUGUGGAGAAGAGUCGGGACGCGCAUAGGAAUGGCCCAGUUACCAAUGCCAGGUGGAUGUUGUGAGUGGGUGGUGGCACAUGGUGGUCAGAUUUGCAAGAGAAGUUGGAAAUGGGAAGCUGCCGCCUCUGCAUGGCCCUCGGAGUUGGCCUGACUGGGGCAGCAGGGGAACGAAGACAAGACAGACACAUGGACAUGGAGAAAAACUUGGAUCAGGUGGUCUGGACUCUCCAGGGGAGAAGCCACAGCAAUCCUAGCUGCCAAGGGGCCAAGGGAUGAGCUGGGGCCGUUCUUCCCAAUGGCAUCUCCCCCUGGCCUGGAACUGAAGACACUGAGCAAUGGCCCCCAGGUUCCAAGGAGACCAGCCCCACCGGGCCCUGUGGCGCCAACCAGGAUGGGUGUGGAGAAUGCCUGCUUCUUCUCUGAGGAGCAUGAGACUCGUUUCCAGAACCCUGGGGAUGCCAGACUGGGUAGCUCUCCCAGUCCUCCUGGAGGUGUCCCCUCACUGACCCGGUCCCAGCGGGAUGAUCUUUCUCUGCAUUCAGAGGAGGGGCCGGGCCUGGAACCUGUGAGCCGCCCAGUGGACUAUGGCUUUGUUUCUGCUCUGGUUUUCUUGGUGAGCGGAAUCCUCCUGGUGGUAACAGCAUAUGCCAUCCCUCGAGAGGCCCGAGUCAACCCUGACACAGUGACAGCAAGGGAGAUGGAACGCCUAGAGAUGUACUACGCCCGCUUGGGCUCGCAUCUGGACAAGUGCAUCAUCGCGGGCCUGGGGCUGCUCACAGUGGGUGGCAUGCUCCUGUCCGUGCUGCUUAUGGUCUCUCUGUGCAAGGGCGAGCUGUACCGCAGGCAGACCUUCGUCCCUGGCAGGGGAACAAGGAAGACCUACGGCUCCAUCAACCUGCGUAUGCGGCAGCUCGCUGGGGAUGGGGGCCAGGUCCUAGUGGAGAACGAGGUUGUCCAAGUCUCAGAGACCAGCUAUACCACACAGGGCUCUUAAGUAAGAGCCCGCCCUAUCUUGCUGCUUUAGCUGCAGAGCUUGGAGGGUCCCCAAAACCUGGGGCUUCAAAGUGGGAUCCACAGAGGGUCCUGUGGAGGGAGUUUUGAUGCAGGGGUGGGGGCAGCCAGGGUUCUGGCUUAGGCCCCACUAAGGCAAGCAUCCCUGAUGUGUUUUGCAGCUUGAAGUUUUUGCAUAAGGCUUUGUUUGGAGGAUGGGUUCUGAUGCUAAAAAUACAUUUUUGGAAACCACUGCUCUUA